AUGACUUUGGAGGAAGAGAAAUUUCCCCUUGAGGGGAAAGAGGCGUGUGAAGUUUUUUCUACGGGCGAGCUUGAGUUGAUUGGGCGGAUGCUGGGAGCGAGUGGAGUAAAUGAACCGCAGGGAUUAAAUGAAGCGCAGGGAGUAAAUGCGCAGAGAGUAAAUGCGCAGGGAGUAAAUACGCAGGGAGCAAAUGAAACACAGGAUGCGCAGGAAGUGCGCGCAUUGCCGAGGUGGCGGCGGCGGAGCCGGGUGCGAGAGAGCCGCAUGCCUGCGCCAGCAGGGCAGGAGACUCUGGCGCCCCCGACAAAGCGCCGACUGGUGUCUGGGGAGAAACUUCGGGGCGCGCUUACGCCGCUUGCACCGCUUGCGCCGCCACUCCCGUCUCCCGGCGCGUCGCCCACGCGUAUGGAGGAAUCUAUGGGGCUAGUGGUAGCGUCAGGAGGUGCGCCGGUUGUGGGCGCUGAUGGGCGAGCGUGGGAGGCGGUGCGGCAGGCUGCGCAAGUGCUUGCGGCAGUGCCGCCCGGGUCGUUGGCGGCGCGAUAUGCGCUGUGGCAGCUGGUGCAGCGCGCCGACCGCCCGGCUCUCUCGACGUUGCAGCGUGUGAUUAAGAGUGCGCUUCGCAAGGAUGUCGUUCAAAGCCUCCCCGCAGAGGUGGCGUACCGCAUCUUUGCGGAGUUGGACUUCCGUACGCUGGUGCGCGCAUCGGAGGUAUGCCGCGCAUGGCGCACGACUAGCGAGCAGGACGCGGCACACUUGUGGAAGCGGCUGGUGCUGCGGGACAACUUGGUGCGCGAUGAGGCGGAGUAUGAUGCGGAGCGGAGGUGGCUUGCGGGGCUGCGCCCGGAAAAGGAGUGCGGGUGGGUUGCACGGCAGAUCUACCGGCGGCGGCGCAUGAUCGGGCAGCGGUGGCGCGAUCCGGAUUUCCACCCCGUGCGCAAGACGCUCCCCUGCCAGGGCCCCAGCGUGAUCACAUGCCUGCAGUUCGACGAUGACAAGAUUGCCGCCGGAUCGGAUGACAACAACAUCACAAUCUACGACACGCGCACGGGCAAAGUACGCGCAGUGCUUGCGGGUCACACAGGGGGUGUGUGGGCAAUGAAAUACCGCGGGAACACGCUAGCGUCCGGGUCGACGGACCGCACGGUGCGCAUCUGGAACAUAGCGCAAGGGGUGUGCACGCAUAUUUUCCGCGGCCACGUGUCAACCGUGCGCUGCCUGGAGAUAAUCGAGCCGCGGCGCAUUGGCACAGAUGACGAGGGCCGCGCCAUUGUGUUUCCUGAGACGCCGCUACUCGUGACUGGGUCGCGGGACGCAACGUUGUUUGUUUGGCGGCUGCCGGAGAACGGCGCGCAGGAUGCGGUUGCGGGUGCGCCGGUGGAUUUGGACGAGCGCGCGAACCCGUACCUGGUGCGCGUACUGCGCGGGCACACGGGGUCGGUACGGGCAGUUGCGGGUGCAGGUAACAUCUUGGUUUCCGCAAGCUACGACACGACGGCGCGCGUGUGGGACUUGCGCACGGGCGAGUGCAAGUUUGUGCUUGCCGGCCAUGCAGACCGCAUCUACAGCUGCGUGUACGAUGCGCAGCGCAGCCGCUGCUACACGGGGUCCGUGGACAACACGGUGCGCAUGUGGGACGUGCGCACGGGGCGCUGCGCCGCCAUCCUGGAGGGCCACCAGAUGCUCGUCGGCCUCAUCACGCUGUCGCCGCAUGCGCUCGUAUCUGCAGCCGCAGAUUGGACCGUGCGCGUGUGGGACCCAGACUCCGGCGCGCCGCGCCACGUCCUGCGCGGCCACUCCUCCGCAAUCACGUGCGUCCAGAACAAUGACUACUUCAUUGUUUCCGGAUCCCAGGGCAUGUUGAAGCUAUGGGAUACCCGCACAGGUCGCUUUAUCCGCGAUCUCGUCGAUGACGUCAGCGGCGCCGUGUGGCAGGUGCGCUUCGACUACCGGCGCUGCGUGGCGGCGGUGCAAAAAACAGACCGCACCUGUCUCGAGAUUCUUGACUUCUGCCCGCCGGAGUCCGACCGCUGGGCCAGGGGCGAGUGA